CAUCAGAGCUGUAGUGGAAAGUAAUGGAGGUAAAAACCAAAAAAUAAUGUAAAAACUGUUUUGGUACUAAGGUAUAUUUUGUCCAUGCCAGCAAACACUCAAGAUGAUGUAAUCACUUUAUUGAAGACCAUUAGAGAACAGAACAAUCAAAUUUUGCAGUGGAUCCGAAAACAAGAUCGCAGUGGCAAUCACGCCAGUAAUACAGAUUUACCAGAUGAUAUAGGCGUACAGUUUCCUUUGAAUUCUCAAGAGGAUAUUACCAAAUUGGAAACAUACCUGAGUGAAAAAAAUAAUUGCCUGGCUUUGUCGGCAUAUCUAUCGACUUUUGGAGGGAGAGAUUUUACUGGACAUACAAACCGCAUUUUAAAUUUUUUGUUCACCUAUUCUCUUGCAACUAAUUGGAAUUUUUGUGGCAAACGAGGUGAGAAAAAGGCUUUUAAAAACUUAAACGUAAAGGAUGUGAUUAUUGGUGCUGUAAGAAAAAGCUCCCCUCUAGUCAGUCAGAAAGAAAUAGAAGAUACCAUCAAGGUGUGGUUGAAACAUGCACCAGAGAAAUUGAAAAAGCAGCAGCAUGGCAACCCGUAAGAAAAAAAGUGUUGUUAGUCAAAGACAACUCUACAGAAGGGUGGCAGAAGCAAAUUUAGCACCUGUGAGUCAGAAUUGUUAUAAUACAUCUUUAAUAGUUAAUAAUGAUUCCAAUGAAUCAUCAAAUUCCAUUUUUUUUGCUGAUUCAAUGUGUGAAAGUGAAAAUGACACCUGUUCCUCAAGAGAUUUAGAUUUUAAUGUAAACUCGCCUAAUGAAAAUUUGCUCUUCAAUGAUGCGACGUUAUACAACCAUUUGACUUCCUAUUCCAGUAACGU